AUGGGGAAAAAGUGGGGAAUGAAAACCGCGUGGGCGAAGUCGUUCUUCGUGCUGCAGGAGCAGCUGGAUGCCGACGGCCCCGCUGCGGCUGCGGCGUGGCGGUGCACCCGCUGCGGUGAUGUCCUGCACGCCCCCACCGAUGCACGCACGCGGCGACCGUCGUGUAUCAUCCUUGCCGAGCACCUCGAAGGCGCUGCCUCCUCCGGGGCGGCGCCGAUUACAGGCGUCGCGGCGUGCCGGGCGGGCGUGAUUCGCCACGCCGCGGGCGCCGCCCCGGACCCGGGCGUCGGUGGCGAGGAGGACGCGAAGGCGUUGGCCGCACUGCGGCGACUGCUUUGCGGCGAGGCCGCGGACGGUAAUGUCAGUGGCGGUGGCGGUGAGGCGCCUGUGCGCGUGUUUGUGGCGGUGGAGAAUCCCAAAACGCCGGCCAACGUGGGCAGCAUUCUGCGCGCUGUCGGCUGCUUUGGCUUCUCCGGUCUCAUCUUCUCCGGCAGCCGCUUGCAUGAGGCGCUGCGGCACCGCCCGGUCACUGACACGCAGGCAGCCGGGUUUAGCAGCCCCUACGUUGUCAUCCCCGACAUCCUGAGCCUCUUUGACGUCGUGGAGGACGCGACCGCCUUCGAGGCCGUCGUGGUGGCGGUGGACAUGAUCGACGGCGCCACGCUGCUGCCGCUGUACCACCACCCGCACCUCCGCGCCGCCGAGGCCGUCGCCGCGCAGCCCGGGGAGCGUCGGCUGCCGAAGGUGGUCAUUUACCUGUUUGGCGCGGAGGAUGGAACGAUCGGGCAGGCGGCCCUCGCCCGCUGCCACGCCGCGGUGUUUCUCCCCACACAAGGCAGUUUAAACCUCGCGGCGGCGGUAAACGUCGUGCUAUACGAUCGCUGCGCGGCAGAGUGGCGCUUGCGGGCCUCCGCUGGCGAUGCAGCCGCAUCGGCGGCGGCCGCGCGCGACGCUGCCGUCUGCUGUCUUCGAACCCGCAACGCCAACAACCGGACAUCGUGGCGUGAUCCCGCUCCCGCCGCAGCGGCCGCCCUGCCGGCGCAGCCUGAGGGACACAAACGGAGUCGGGAGAAGGAGCUGCGUUGA